GAGUAAAGCUAGGUUUGCCCAACUAGCGAGUCGAACCCGCUUUUUUGAGAAAGGAAAAAAAAAAAUCCCUCUUCUCACUUCUCUCUUUCUUCUUGUUUCUCUCUCGUUCUAGCUGCUUCUUCUGCAAAACAGAAAAAAAUGGCGGUAACUUCUAGAAAAUCAAGAGCACCAGUGCUCCGAUCUCUCUCACCAUCUCCUAGAUUCUGCAACAACAAUUCCCACUCUCCAUCAUCUUCUUAUUCUUCCUCUGGUUUCGCUUCUUCCAGUUCCAGUUUCACCUCUCGCUCCACCACCUUCUUUCACCGUGCCACUUCUCCGACACGUGUCAACUUAUGCGGACCCUCCUCCGCGUCGGCCUCGUCCGUUCGGUUCUCCCUUGACCGGUCGAUUUCUCCGAACCGUUCCAUCUCGGUGGCGCCUCGAACCGGUGCUCCGACGACCGUGAAGAGACAGGGCCAGCAGAAGCGGACCUGCAUGUGUUCUCCCACUACGCACCCUGGCUCCUUCCGGUGCAGCCUCCACAAAGGAUUCUCCGCCUCAUCGCAUGCCGCGGCGGCGCCGUACUCGCCGAACCGUCUCAACGCGCGUAGAUCCGCCAUGACGAACUCGCUCGUUAGGAUUCGAGGCGUGGAAGGAGAUCUCGUGAAGCGAGCUCUCUCGGCGCUUAUUAGACCUUCAUCGCAUCAGCAGCGGAGGAGAGGCGACUUCCACCCGAGGCCUAGCAGGCUCUCCGUCAUGUCCAAGGCCGAUGAGGAGUGAGAGGUGCUUUGAUCCUCUGAAAAUUUUGGCUGUGGAGAGCCUUCUGGUUUCUGAAAGGUGAAGUCAUCGAUUUAUCGAUAACUGCCAUGGACGUCGGACGGACGGUCGCAGGAGGUAGCGGAUUCCGGUGAAAUGGCUCGGUAUCGAAACUGCCGCUCGUGCGUGCGUUUCGCAAUUCCAAUCAAGGAGUAGUGAUGUGUAUAUACAUAAUAUAGAACAUUGAAUAUAAGAUUUGAUGAGAUGGAUAUGCAUAAGGAUGAGGAUGUAGAAGUUGACGGUGACGCAUCUUCUAUAGGAUGAGAUGAUGAUUGAUGAAUGGCGGUUUUGAAUACGAGUAUAUGAUAUUAUACUCUAUUAGACAUGGGACAAAAAAAAAAAAAAUAAAUCAACAAAACGAAAGAUAUCAUUUAAAUACCCUAAAUAGAUCACUGAUUCCAUGGAAAUCUAUGGAUGCUUAAACUAUCGGUUACACCUUAAUUUCAGAGACGGAGAAGACGAUGUUUUAAAAUGACAUUUCUCAUGAGUGAAAGAAAAAAAA